UGUCAGGGAGAAAUCAACGAACUUACAGCGAGAGGCGACUCGAAAUUCCGUUACAAGAAUUUAAGAGACAGGUACACAAACUGUACUUAUAUCCAAGGAAGUUUAGAAAUCGUGUUUUUGGAAAAAGUUGAUUCUGUGACCAAAUAUGAUUUAAGUUUUUUGAGAAGUAUAAAGGAAGUGACUGGCUACGUGUUAAUUCUCAGUGUUUUUGCCGAUUACGUGCCGUUAGAAAAUUUACGGAUUAUUCGCGGGAGAACGUUAUAUCAUGAUAAAUAUAGUUUAUAUGUGGCGUUAAAUUCUCAUCCGACGGCAGAACCUGGAUUACGAGAAUUACAAAUUUUACGAGGAAAGGUGUUUUUUAAGAAUAAUAAUAAACUUUGUUAUGAGAAUACAAUUAUUUGGAGUGAUAUUAAUCCACGAGAAGAACCUCCAGUUGAAUUUCAUUUUGAUUCCAUUCAUGAGAAACGACAAUGUGGGGAAUGCCACGAUUCGUGUUACCAAGAAUCCAAACAGACCAAAGCGUGUUGGGGUGAAGGUCCAGAUAUGUGCCAAAAAUUGAGUCAAGGUGAAGUCUGUCAUGGAUCCUGUGAUGGAAGGUGUUAUGGUAAACUUCCCAACCAAUGUUGUCAUCCACAGUGUGCAGCUGGUUGUUCUGGGCCCAAGAAAACAGAUUGCUUGAGUUGUCGAAACUUCAAUGAUUUAGGGGCCUGUGUUGAAUUUUGUCCACUACAAGAAAUCUACGACAGCCAGAAAUUUAUCAAAGUUCCCAACCCUAACGCCAGAUUUACUUACGGAGCCCUGUGCGUUAAAGAAUGUCCACCAGGUAUGUUGAAUGAAGAUGGUUUGUGUGUUAUACAAUGUUCAGAAGGGAAAAUGGAAGACAAGAAUGGUGUCUGCCAACAGUGUAAAGGUCCCUGUCCAAGAGCGUGUCUUGGGACAGGACCUGAUAAAUUUCUAACCGCUGAGAAUCUAGAAAGGUUUACAGAUUGUACCAGAAUUCAAGGAACAUUAAAAAUUUUAACACCAACUUUUAGUGGUUUUCAACUGAUUUUAAUGAAAUUUGAUAAACAUAAUGAUAUUCCACCAUUACAUCCAGCCAAUCUGACAGUGUUUGAAUACGUCCGUGAAAUAACAGGUAAUCUGAUCAUCCAAUCAUCUCACGAGGAUUUCAAGAAUUUAUCGUGUUUUAAAAGUUUGGAGUAUAUUUAUGGUCGUGAAACUAACAGUGAAUUAUCGUUGAGUAUAAUAAUGACGAAGUUAGAAUCACUAGAAUUGAUGAAUUUGAAACAGAUCAGGCGUGGAAGUGUAAUGAUUGCUGGUAAUACACAACUCUGUUAUAUUAACAGUAUCAACUGGUCCAAACUUCUGUCUACCAAUCAACAGAAAACAACUAUCUCCCAUAAUAAAAACACUUCCCUCUGUAUGGCAGAAAACAGAGUAUGUGAUCCAGAAUGUUCGUUAGAUGGUUGCUGGGGACCAGGCUCGGAGAAAUGUUUGAGUUGUAAGAGAUAUAGAAUUGAAGAAAAAAAUGUCUGUAUUAAAUCGUGUGCUCAUAUUGAACUCCAUUACGAGGGUGAUAAUAUGAUCUGUAAACCUUGUCACGAAGAAUGCCAUAAUAACUGUACUGGUCCGGAACCAAGUGAAUGUGAUAGCUGUAUUAAUGUCAGUAUAAUAGACAGCACCAAUCAUACUAUCUGUCUAGCGGAGUGUCCUGAAAUCAUGUAUCCAGACAAAAACUCUGUAUGUCAGAAAUGUCACAAGAAUUGUGCCAAUGGGUGUACAGGUCCGAUGGAUCAUGUUGGGGAGAACGGCUGUAAUUCAUGUGAGGUCGGAUACCGACAAAUGAAGGGAAGCUCUACGAUUAAAUGCAUGCCCACGGAUACUGAUAACUGUCCAGAUGGACAUCACAUGAAACCUGUCAAAUUUGAUAUCAUCGAUCCAUUGGCUGGAAAAAGGAUUUGUGAGCCGUGUCAUAGAUUCUGUAAAACGUGUACUGGUGCUGGAGUGUAUUAUUGUAAUCUCUGUCGUUAUUACUUUCAACAAAGCACGUGCGUGGAACACUGUCAUACCAUGAGUUAUGGUAACAACGAUACGAAGAUGUGUGACACGUGUCAUACCGAAUGCCGGAGUGGUUGCCGUGGACCAGAUAGCUCUGAUUGUCUAGCCUGUAAAAAUUUCAAGAUCUAUACCAAUGAAGAAACUACUAAGUUUAACUGUACGUUGAAAUGCCCUGAUGAUGUGCCGUUUCUGAAAGUUAAAAAGGUUGUGCAUUAUAUUUGCAAGUAUACAGUAAUCAUGAUUAUUUGUUAUAAUUCUAGAGAAGAGAAGAAGAAAAUGGCUAUAAUAGUAGGUCCUACCAUAGCUGGAGUUGUGGUUCUUGGAUUGUUGAUUUUGUGUAUAGCCUGGUGCUGCCAGCGACAAGCUAAAGCCAAGGAAAAGACAGCUAAAUUGACAGCUAGAAUGACUGGCUGUGAUGAGGAAGUGCCUUUAACACCAACACUAGCUAAACCAGAUCUGGCUCAGUUAAAAUUGAUCAAAGAAAAUGAUUUAAGGCGUGGUGGAAUUAUAGGAUCUGGUGCUUUUGGUACUGUAUAUAAGGGUUUCUGGAUUCCAGAAGGUGAAAAUAUCAAAAUACCAGUAGCCAUUAAGGUUUUACAAGAAGGCACAUCGCCCAAUCAGAAUAAAGAAUUACUAGAAGAGGCCCGCGUCAUGACAUCAGUGGAACAUCCAUGUUGCGUUCGAAUCCUGGCCGUUUGCAUGACGGCACAAAUGAUGUUGAUCACACAACUGAUGCCUCUGGGAUGUCUGUUGGAUUACGUUCGUAAAAACAAAGACCAUAUUGGUUCCAAGGUCUUACUGAAUUGGUGUACACAAAUUGCUAGGGGUAUGGUAUAUCUAGAAGAAAGGGGUAUUGUACACAGAGAUUUAGCUGCUAGAAAUGUUCUUCUACAUAACACUCAGAAUACCCAACAAGUUAAGAUCACAGAUUUUGGACUGGCCAAAUUAUUAGAUUAUGAUGAAGAAGUUUAUCAAGCUGCUGGUGGCAAGAUGCCAAUAAAAUGGUUAGCAUUAGAAUGUAUCCAACACAGAAUAUUCACGCAUAAAAGUGACGUAUGGAGCUAUGGUGUGACUGUCUGGGAAUUGAUGACGUAUGGUUUAAAACCAUACGAUAGUAUACGAGCCCGAGACGUACCCGAUUUACUGGAGAAAGGCGAGCGUCUACCACAACCUCAUUGUUGUACAAUAGAUGUCUAUAUGAUUAUGAUCAAAUUAAUCCAUUUAAAUGUCCAAAACUACCCAAAUUUAGUUUUAAAAUUCCUUAAAGGGACAGGUGCGCCAUUCUUUUUUGACCAAUCAUCAGCUAAGCCAAUCAGUAAUAGUGGAGAUAAGUUAAUGCGUCUGCCAAGCGAGUCGUAUGAUAAACAUGACUUGAUGCGGAGUUUGAGUGUCGUUAACGAUGGUGGACCGGAGGAAGUGGUGGAGGCAGAUGACUAUCUUCAACCGCAUCCCAACUCAGACGACAGUAUUGAUAAUAAUAACGGACAGGCAAAGGUAGAUAACUCUCAUCAAACGUUCUUUCUGGAUUCAGUAAACUCAUUUGAACUUGGUGUCAUGAAUUAUGACAGAAAUAGUAGAAAAGUGCCUUUAAAUCUCCCGGUGGACGAAGAUGAUUAUCUGCAACCCAAAUCCCAUAAUCCCGCGGCUUAUAUGGACCUAAGUGACAAAGGUAAUAUUGAUUUGAAGGGCUGGGGGUUUGGGACUAGGGUGUCUGGGGUGUGGGACUAG